AUGGCUAACCCAAGGGGAGAGUGCAAAGCUAUAACACUAAAAAGUGGAAAAAUUGUAGAAGAAACAUCCCCAAGUCAAAGCGACCAAGAAGAAGAAGUUGCAAAGGAACCUGAGAUCAAGAAGGAAGAAAAGACCUCUACACCAUCCUCACCAAAGCAAGUUCUGAAGUCUUAUGUGCCACAAGCACCCUAUCCACAAAGGCUGAGGAAGGAUGGGAAAGACAGCCAGUUCUCUAGUUUCCUAGAAAUCUUCAAGAAGCUCCAGAUCAAUAUACCCUUUGUUGAGGCAUUAUGUGAUCUCGGAGCAAGCAUAAAUCUCAUGUCUUUGGCCAUGAUGAGAAGAAUGAGAAUAGAAGAAGCCAAGCCAGCAAGAAUGACACUUCAAUUGGCUGACAGAACAUUUAAAUUCCCCCAUGGUAUGGUGGAAGAUCUAUUGGUGAAAGUGGAGGAAUUCAUCUUUCCAGCUGAUUUUGUUGUGCUUGACAUGGAGGAAGAAGCCAACACAUUAAUCAUCCUAGGAAGGCCAUUCCUAGCUACUGCUGGAGCUAUAAUUGAUAUUCAAAAAGGGAAGCUAGUCUUGAGAUUACAUGAAGAGAAUAUGGUUUUCAAUGUCUUCAAGGCAAUGAGCUAA